AACUCUAGCGGCCCCAAUCGAAAUUCGAAGGCUGUACGACGGUACAACAAAAACGAACGAAGGAAAAAAAUGUCAGCAGCAACUAUUGUUCAUGAUGAUAAAGCAGCAGAGAUAGAAAUUACAAAGAACAAGUUUGAUCCUGAGUUAUUAAAAGUGUCACCUGCUGAUUUUAAAAAUCUGCCCUUUGAACAAAGACGAUAUUGGGUCUAUGCACAUUUUCUUUUUAGAAAAAAUGCAACAUCAUUUAAAGCAAAAAAACUAUUAUCAGAUGAUCAAUUAGCAAACUUUCUAAAAGAAGAAAAAGAAAGAGAAGAAGAAAAAGAAAAAGAAUUGAACGAAGAAGUAUCAACAAAAGUGCCAAAGCUUGAUGAUGGCGUGGAAUCCGGACCAAGGGGGGUCUAUUGGUCAUUGGACAAGAAGUAAACCAGCUGUUGUUUGAUGCUGCUGCCUGCGUGCCUGGUGAUAGGCAGAUAUGUAAAAAAUUCCGGUGUAGUAGUAGUAGUAUUUAACUUAUUAUCAUUACGAUUAGCUGCCAUGGAUGUUAUUACUUCCGUUGUAUCUGAUGAAUGUUUUAAGCUAAAUGGUUUGGUGGCAUCUUUCAUAGUAA